CAGUACCUUGGAAGAAAUCGUUAGUAAGAUUAAUGGUAAGCACAAAGCUGAAGAGGCGAAGGAACGUUUAAGACGUGAGGAUGAUGAACGCAAGAAACGUGAUGCUGAUGAGGAGGACGACGUGUUCGAGAUCGGAAGGAGCGUGAAGAACUCCAUAAGGAGCUGCAUAAGGAAAUGACGGGGAAGCUUGAUAAAGUCUGUGAAGCCGUUAAUGGUAAGAAGGUUGGUGAGAACGAGGAGAUUGCCAAGUUACGAGCGCAAGUGGAGUCUCUGGUGCGCCAGCAGAAUGGAUCGGAGAAGACCAAAGACAAGGCGCAGGAUGAAAUCGCACGACUCAAGGCUGAGAUUGAGCAACUUCGUCGCGGCCAUCCUGGCGCUAGUACUUCUGCCACUGUUUCCAAGCCUAAUCAUGAAGCUGAGGAGCUGUCUCGACUUCGGACUGAGCAAGCUGAGGCAAAGGCGGCUAGCGAUCGGAGAUUCGCUUCUCUUGAAGAAGUCAUCGUUGCACUUCAGAGACAGUGUGAAGCAGUCGAGGCGAACGCUGAUGUGUGGCGGUCGGAAGCCCUUCAUCCGGGCAAUAAGAGAGGGAGUGUCGCCAUUGGAACCACUCCAGUCUCCGACGCACGGGUAAGGGCGAGGGUAGCUUCCCCCAACGCUGGACGUGUUAACUUGGAGCUGAAAGGCAUCGUGGAACGUCACCAACUGGAGGUCGAUCACCUUAAGGAAAUGCGAUUACGUGAGAUUAAUGCGCGGCGAGAAUCUGAGGAGGAGGUCGAACGUUUGAAGGAAGCUAUGGCUAAACUGGGAACCGGUGUCAAAACCAAGGGCACCAAUCUGAAGUCCAAACUCGAUGCUGCUGCUGGGGUUUCCACGAGGAAAGCCUCUGUACGGAUUGCGGAUAAUGUUGUGGAUGCCUCAGGAAGGAAGUGUCACAAAGUAGCGAAGAGUCCGGCCGUUCAGAUCAACAGUCGAGACGCCUUUCUGCGCGAUGUACGUAAAGACUUGCGGAAGAAAAACAAGGAGGAAAUCUUGUCCAUGUGCGAGAAGGAGGGAGUCGUUUAUUCUACGUUGGAGCCUACUAAGGAAGCAAUUGCACAAGUGCGUACUGCUCGUGCCUUUGAUAAGGACGAGCGUGGUAAAGGUAAGGUCGACUCUGUCGUUGAUGUGAGCGAUGAGGCGGGCGGCAACUCCGAUAAGGAGGACAGGCGUGACUCGGCUUGCUCUUAGGGUCACGCCCGAACGCGGCUACGAUAUG